ACCCCAAACCCCAAACCCAACCCUCCUCCUUCCUUCCUCAGCAUCAAUGGCCACCGGUGGUCGCUUCCGGGAGCUCCUGAAGAAGUACGGCAAGGUAGCGCUGGGCGUCCACUGCUCCGUCUCCGCCGCCUCCGUCGCCGGACUCUACGUCGCCGUCAAGAGCAACGUCGAUGUGGAGUCGCUGAUCGACAGGCUUCCCAACCUAAACCCUUUCAAGUCCGAAGAGAACCCGGCCUCCUCCGGGAUUGGGGAGGAGAAGAAGAGGAACCGGACGGCGGAGCUGGCGGCCUCGAGCGGCGGCGCUAUAGCAUUGGCUGUGCUCUGCAACAAGGCUCUGUUUCCGAUCCGGGUUCCGAUUACGCUGGCGGUCACGCCUCCCUUGGCUAAGUUUCUGGCCCGGAGGAAGCUUAUCAAGACCGGUCUAUGAAUGAGUUGGUGAAGGUGAAAUGAAACCGGUCUGGCAUUGGACGUUGUGAAAUUGUCAAGCUGAAUCCUGAACUUUGCACAAAGUAGGAAAGCUGGAUUUUUUAAGUGUCUUCUAGAGAACAAUGCAAGAUAAUUUGUUCCAAGGUUUUGAUCCUCUAGGGCAUAGAUAGUUUGUUUGACUUUGAAUCACGUUCAUCAGCUCAGUGGCAAAUCCUGUCACGCAUGCUGUUAGUAUUUUUAUCAAUGGAAUGUGCCUCUCAAGUCUUCUAUCAGAUCUGAAUUUGGGAUCUUAAUAAUGUACUCGUUACUCAUA